AUGUUGAUGCAAGGAGACAUAGCUGUUGUAGAUUAUGAUGGUCACUGUGUUUUUGUAUUCAAUAAAAAAGGACACUGUUUAAGACAAUUUGGAAAAGAGGGGACAGAUCCCGGACAAUUCAAAUAUCCCGCUGGAGUGUUGUUUUUAAACGACGACGAAAUUCUUAUUGCAGAUCAAUUUAAUAACAGAAUAGAACACAUCAAUAUCCAGACAGGUUCUGUUUUGAGAACCUUUGGACGAAAAGGUGAAGGAAAAGGACACUUUAAGGGUCCACUUGGUAUUAGCCUUGACGAUACGGAACGUAUUAUUGUCACUGAAUUCCACAGCAAUAGAGUUCAAGUUAUGUCAAAAGGGGGCGAAGCUAUCUACAAAAUAGGAGACAGUUGUCUAGAGAGACUCAGCAAACCAUACAGCUGUAUCUCUUACGAAAACAUUUUCCUUCUUACAGAAGGAGACAAUCAAAGUAUUAAAGCAUUUGAUUCGUCAGGAACUUUCUUGUAUAAGUUUGGAAAACAAGGAAAACAAGAUGGACAGUUCAACAAACCCUGUAGCACGUGUGUAGACGGCUCCAACAAUCUUCUUAUGUGUGUCCGUAACAAUAACAGAGUUCAGCAAUUUUCUUUAGACGGUCGCUUUACAGGCAAAACUAUCGUUCCUUUACAAGGUCCAAUUCGAAUUGUUACAGCGCCAGAUGGGCGAAUACUAGUCUCUUGCAUGACAGCUAAGAAAAUAUACAUGCUGAAGUAA